AUGGCAACGACACAUCUCUUCCUAUUGAUAUUUCCAUUGCUAUUUCUUGCUGCAGCACUGAACGCGGAAGUUUUAAAAAAGAUACAAUGCGAAAGAGGACCAUUAGACGUUGUAUUUUUGGUAGAUACAAAUGAUUUCAAUAAUACCAUCGAUUUCAAUAAACAGCGGAGUAAAAUUAUUGAUAUAAUCAGGUAUUUAAAAAAUAUAUCAGUGGAACGUGAUAUCUCAUACAGUGUUAUAGAAUUUCAUCGAAAUCCCGUCAUUUUACUGCCAAUUUUAUCACCGUUUGCUUCUCAACCUGCGAAGGUAGUAGAUUAUAUCAAAACACUAGAAUCUCGUACAAAAUUUGACAGUUCACCAGCUCGAGCACUUGAAUUAGCUGCAAAACAGUUUAUCAAUAGCAGUCGUGUUAUCUCGAGUAAAUUGAUUAUUCUGGCUCAUGAUGGUAUUUCGACAGAUUUGAUAGCUGAAACAUUGGAAGCUAAGAAUAACUUAGAACGUAUUGGUGUGAAAUUAUUCGCUAUCACGUCAACUACAAAACCAAAUCUUCCGGCUCUUGUAGGAUACACUACAAAUCGCCGGUAUGUAUAUGUCACGGAAUCUGAUCGUGAUGUCUUUUAUGAGGAAAUGAAAAGG